UCCAAACAAAUUAUUGUUUCUAAAGUACCAAUUAAAAUCACAAUGAAUCGUUGUUUUUAGUUGAAAUCAUAUGUCAAAUGCUACAAUAUGGGAAAUAUUUUCUUUCUGUGUUUGACAAUGGCAAUUCAGGGUACUACGUAUAUGAGGAGUUAGAUCACUCGAUCACUUAUCUCUACACGUGCUGAACCUGUUCAACUAUCAUUCUUUACUACUUCUAUACAACACAAUUCAAUAUAAAUAGAUAUAAAUAGGAUUUUUAAUCAAAUGACUUGAGUUGCCCAAAAUUUUCUUCUGUUUUGAGUUCUUCUGUGGUUUUUCUUAUUGGGUUAAUUUUUUGUUGUUGAUUUAUGCUUGUAAAAUUUAUCGAGGAAAUUUUUUAUAGUUAAUGUCAGAGAUUCGAUUAGUUCGUUGCCCAAAAUCCGAUAAGGUGUAGCCAGAGCCUCAAGGGUUUGCUGUCUAUCAAUGCGGUGGUUGUGGUACUCUGCUUAAAGCUAAAAAUAGGUCAUCUGGAAGUGGAAUUUUGUGAAUUCUGAUAUAGUUGUUGAUAAAGGGAUACAGAUAGAAGGUUUAAGGAUAGUGCUGAGCUAUAGAAGAUUUAGGGGAAAGACGGUAGUUUAGAUAUGGAUAGUAGAUCACUGGCGAAGCCUGGAUUUGGGGACGGUAAUGGAAGAAAAAUUUCUGUUGAGAGUGAUUUUGAUGAGUUUCAUGGGUGUUUACCUAAGUCACCUAUGAGGGACAGAUUUUUGAAUGAUCUUACUUCAGCUCCUGUGAGUUUGAGUUAUGAUAGUCCUUUACCAAUAAGGGGGAGGGGUCCAGAUGAUGGGGAUUUUGAUGGGGUUGGUAUAUCUCCAGAUAGGUUGAGAAAUGUUAGCAAGUCACCUGUGCGCGAGCGAGGAGGUAAAUCUUCAAUGAGUGUGAGAACGAGAAAUGUGAGCAUGUCGCCUUUGAGUGGGACUGAUACUGUUAAAAGAUCAACAGCUAGGACAAUGCAUCAAGACAUUUCCAAUUCAUCAUUGAGGGAAGGUUUUGCAUCUAAGUUCGAUGAAAGGAUGGACAAAGAACAAGGAGAUGAAGUGUGGAGGGAUAGGAUGACUCUGAAAACUUCAUUCCAUGCAUGGCUUUCUGAGGAUAGUCGUUCUAGACCAUCUAAUGGCAUUUCUUUAGAUAGAAGAAGACAGAAGUGUAGAGACGGAGUUAGUGAUGAAUUUGAUCAAAUUAGUGUAGGGAAGGUAUCUGUUGCUGAUGAACAUGGGAUGACAUUGGAAGGAUCAAUAGAUGAUGCAAUUCAUGGUGGAGAUUCAAUUAGGGAAACAACAGACAGGGAUUUUAGUUUUAACGAAGAUUAUGCUGAACGGUAUAGGAGACCCAGGGUAAAUGCAUAUCAAUGGUCUGGUGGAAAUUAUGGGAAUGAGGUGUUUCUCAGAAACUCAAGGGUACCUAUUGAAAGUGGGAUGAUGUCAGCUUCUUCAAGCUCACUUUAUGGGCCUUCAAGUCAUUAUCUGGAUUCCAUUCAUGCUUGUGUUCAUUCAAGACAGAGUGGCGAUGUUCGAAGAGGGCCAGCUGACAUACACUAUAUGGAGCAUGUUGAGUUGAAACAUACAUAUCAGGAACCUAUUCAGCGAUAUCCACCCAAAGAACUGAAUGAAUUGGAUGAUGAUCUGUUUUCUUCUCUGGGGCUUUAUUCUGAAGCUGAUGAAUAUUCACAAGAUUUUGGAUACAGACGGGGAUCCACGCAGCAGUUUUUGCCAGAUAAUUAUAUUCCAAGGUGUUCGUACUUCAAUCAUGGACCUGGCCUGGAUUAUGAGUUGGAAAAAACAUUUAGUCCUCCUCCGUAUGAUGAUCCAUAUGAAGGCCAAAUGCAUCGCUCCAGGCAACAACAUUUUUCACAGUAUCCAAUGCCAGAUUAUGUUCCAGGGCAGUCUUUGAACUAUGAUCGAGAUUCCUUCAUAUCAUAUCGCACUGGGGUGCAUGUCCACCAUCCUAUUGAUAUGCAAGGCCAGGAUAUACCUUCUUUUGCUUAUGGGAUGCCUCCUAACUCAGCAGUCAAUCCUGCUGGUUGUAUGAAUCUUCAAAGACCUGAUCCACGGAUGUAUUAUCCUAAAAUGGCUCACACUGGUCCGCGAGAGCAAACUCCCCACCUUCCUCCACGCCACACUAGGAGAGUUCAGGUAGCUAACCAGAACAAACGGCUCAGCCUACCGCUUUUGGGUGGUUCCCCCUUUGUAAUAUGCCAUAAAUGCUUUGAGUUGCUUAAAUUGCCCGGUAAUUUCAUGACCAAUAAGAAAGUGUAUCAGUUGCAAUGUGGGCGUUGCUCUUAUAUAAUGUCAUUUGAUCUUCGAGAUGGGUCUUUUAAUGUUCUUACUUUUCAGAAGAAACCUGAUCCUGUCAAAUGUACUGGUGUCUGUAGUGAAUCUUUGAAUGAGUCUGAUCCUACACAUCAUCAUGAUAGCUGUGCUGAUACCAGUAUAAGUAUUGAAUCUUAUGAUUUUGAGGGAAAUAGCUUCCAGUCUACCGAAUCGGAAGCCCGUGAAGCUUCAAGACGACAGAUAUUAGCUUUAAAUUUGGAUGAACAUGCUCGAGCUAUUUCUCCAUCAUCUCGAUCUUCUAAAGAGUGUCUUUCAGAAAGUAUAAGUGUUCGAAGCAGCCGUCCCAAUUCUUCAGAAUUCCCCUUUAAGAUUCGGCCACCAACUGGUUCUCCUUCACGGGAGCUUCUUGACCACUCUAAACAAUGUAUUGAUGCCUCUCAAGAUCACUCCAUUGCUUAUACAGCAGCUACCUCAGAGACUGAAGUUUAUUCUCAUGAUUUGUCAACUAGGAGUAGUUUAUUGGACUCCAGGGAUGUUCCUAGAGAAUACGAAGAUGGAAGUAUAGAUAGACCUCCUUACGGUAAAUCCUUUGGUUCACCAUCUGGCCGUAGAUCCCUUGGAAGUGGUGAGGUAUAUGUCAAUGGUCAGCAGGUGCCAUCUCAUGUCGUUAGAAAGGCAGAGAAGCUUGCAGGACCUAUUCUACCGGGAGCUUAUUGGUAUGAUCCUAAAGCUGGUUUUUGGGGUGUAAUGGGCCAUCAUUGCCUUGGAAUAAUUCCACCUUCUAUUCAAGAAUUCAGUUUUCCUAUGCCAGAGAGCUGUUCUAGAGGGGAUACUACUGUUUAUGUAAAUGGCAGAGAACUUCAGAAAAUGGAUCUUGAUUUACUUGCUAGUCGAGGACUUCCAGCUAUCAAGGGAAAGAGGUAUAUCAUUGAUAUAUUCGGGAAGGUCCUGGAGGAGAAGAACAAAGAUUUCAUUAUUAACCUUGGAAAACUUGCCCCUACAGUUGUGAACACAAGGAAAGGAUACGGUAUGCGCGUUCCAAUGGAGUUCAUGCCAUAAUUCAAUUGAAACUAAAUCCAUCUGUGACGUUAAGCAAAUUAUCAAAUUUGUAAAGUGAAAUUGGAAAAUGUUUCCUUAUAGAUUUUCAGUGUAAAUCAUUGAUUCAUUCAUUUUCGUGGUUUUCAUUGGUGUAUAUGUGGUUUGCACAGUUACUGACUUACUGUAAUUCAUUUUAUAGAUUAAUGAAAUGAAAAAUUAUUCGUGAAUAAUAUAA